AUGACGGAAGUGAAGCGAGUUGGAGACUGGCCCGCUUACGUCUACGAAUCCGUCGGGAUAGUGUCGUUACGGAGGCCCGUGCGGAAGAAGACGACGGUGGAAGUAAAAGACAGCGCCAGCCGCCAAGCAACAGGCGGGGUCGACCCCGCAACUCUCUACUCGCGCGGUGACCUCGGGAACGAGUCGGUCCUUCGCACAUCAGUGGGGUCCGGGUUGAAGUCCAGUCAGCAGCAGCCGCCAGCGAGGACCGUGUGCAGCGCCGCAGGGAAGGAGGCAGUCACUCGGCAGACGAGAAGGAGACAACAGGCACCCGCUUUGGACCCACUUCAGGAGCUGCGCUUACCUUACAUACACGCGCUGUCGAGUGUCCCGCUUCGGGACAAAGAGCUCUGGGUGAGCCUGGCGGUGGCGGACUGCCUGGUGCUGGUGGCGGCCGUGCCCAACGAGGUGCUCAGCUACUACCUGGUGGGCGGCCUCUGGCUGUGGGGCGAGGCGGGCUGCGCGCUCUUCGUGUUCUGCCAGAACCUCGGCAUCAACGCGUCUUCGCUCAGCCUGGUCGCCUUCACCGCCGAGCGCUACAUCGCCGUCUGCCACCCGCUGCGCGCGCACAAGAUGUGCACGAUGUCGCGCGCGCGCCGCAUCACGGCGGGCGUGUGGACCUUCGCGACGCUGUACUGCGCGCCCUGGCUGGCGCUGACCACGACGCGCCCGCUGCUGUACCGCGGGCACCGCGCGGCGCGCCGCUGCGACUUCAAGCUGCCGCGCGACCACUACCUCGCCUACUUCUUCGCCGACCUGCUGCUGUUCUACGCCGCGCCGCUCCUGCUGUCCUGCGCGCUGUACGCGCUCAUCGCGCGCGCGCUGCUGCGGAGCGGCGGCCGGUCGGCGGCCCGCGGCGAGGGUUACAAUCCCAAUUCGUCCAAAGCCGGGGUGCUAUGCCGUGCGCAGGUGGUGAAGAUGCUGGCGGCUGUGGUGUUCGUGUUCGCCAUCCUGUGGCUGCCCUACCGCGGCAUGCUCGUCUACAACUCCUUCGCCGUCCUCUUCUCCGGCCCCAAGUUCAUGGACCUGUGGUUCCUCAUGUUCGCCAAGACGUGCAUCUACAUCAACUGCGCCAUCAACCCUUUCCUGUACAACGCCAUGUCCGCCAGGUUCAGGCGCGCCUUCCACAAGAUGCUGGUCUGCACGUCGGCGGAGGGACGAGCUUACUCCUCGUCGUACUCGAACCCGCGCGUGUCCAGCUUCAAGUCCAAGUCCGUCAGAUCGCAGCGGAGCGCAGACGUCGAACAUAACACGGUCAACACCACAGAAAUAUGAACGGACUCCCGGGAACACACAACCAGUCUACGUACAGUUGAGCACGUGGACUUCAUUAGUGUCUUCAUCCGACUAGGAUGUGCGUCGCUUCCACACACGCGGGACUCGGUUUCAAACGCUAUUCUCCUCGUUCUGGCUAUUGUUUUAAACCUGGAGUCACAAUGCCACGACGAACACGACACGACAGGCCCGACACGCUCACGAGCCAGUGGAAUGCAAUAUCGCCGUGACGUCAUCACGACAAAAUACGCGCCCCUGACGGCCCGCGAAGAUGUAGUCUAUUUCUAAUUUCGUCGUGUCGUGCCGCACGAGGAAACACAAAACUGAAACCUUACAGAAUUAAACUCCAAAAAUAUUUAUCUACUUGGUA